GAGUGUGCAUGACAUGAUACGUAUGAGUGCUAGUUUUUCCAUCGACUCUCCACCAGACUCUAAGUUACAAGUAACGUCAGAGAACAUCAAAAGGUGAUGAACUACCCAUCUUGGCUUACAUAACAAGCUCUGGAGUACAUGUAUAAAUAGACAUGGAAGUCUCCACAUUUCUGACAGAAUGGACGAGGUUUCAGGUAGCAAAGGCAGGGUGUGUGUGACAGGCGCUUCUGGUUAUGUUGCUUCUUGGCUUGUUAAGCGACUUCUACAGUCUGGGUAUCAUGUAAUAGGAACAGUCCGAGACCCAGGGGGCCAUAAGAAAUUGGCCCAUCUGUGGGAGUUGGAAGGUGCAAAGGACAGGCUUCAGCUUGUGAAGGCCAAUCUCAUGGAUGAAGGCAGCUUUGAUGAUGCCGUAAUGGGAUGUGAAGGUGUCUUCCAUACCGCAUCUCCCGUGGUCGUAGCCAUGUAUCCCAAGGCUGAGAUACUGGAUCCUGCAGUCACUGGCACUCUAAAUGUGUUGCGAUCAUGCAAGAAGAAUCCAGCACUAAGGAGAGUUGUUCUGACGUCGUCUUCAUCUGCAAUAAGAGUAAGAGAGAAUGUCAACCCCAGAUUACCACUGGAUGAGACAUCAUGGAGCUCUGUGGAACUUUGCCAAACGUUCCAGAUGUGGUAUGCCCUAGCAAAAGUUCUAGCAGAGAAGGCAGCUUGGGAAUUUGCAAAGGAGAACAAAAUAGACCUUGUAACUCUUCUUCCAUCAUUCAUCGUCGGACCAAGUCUGCCCCAUGAUUUGUGUCUAACUGUUAGUGACGUCCUUGGCCUACUUCGAGGAGAAAAAGAUAGGUUCUCAGCUUAUGGCAGAAUGGGCUAUGUUCACAUUGAUGAUGUUGCCUGCUGCCACAUUUUGGUGUACGAAAAUGACAAUGCUCAAGGGCGAUAUCUCUGCAGUUCCAAUGUCCUUGAUAAUCAUGAAGUAGCUGCCCUGCUUGCAAACCGCUAUCCUUCAUUGCCCAUCCCAAAUAGGUUCCACAAUUACCAUGCUGAGAUACCACGUUACCAGUUUGACACAUCCAAACUACGUGACUUGGGGUUUAAAUUCAAGGGUACUGAAGAGAUGUUUGAUGAUUGCAUUGCAUCGCUGAGGACACAAGGCUAUCAGAUCUAAUGAUUUAAGUACCUUCUCGA